UCAAACGGAGACCGUUCGCGGACCGAGGUGGACGUCAAGCGGCACGCAGUGGAAGUGUCUGUCGGAGUGCCUCGCGGAUGGUGGCUAUCAAAUCACGUCGACUAAAAGUCUAGUUGCGAAUCACAUUGUCGCCUUUAUGUAAUUCUAAGCCGAGACCCGGAAAUUUGACUCCGUGAGGAUUGAAUCGAUAGUGGCAUUAACAGGGCCUUCAAGUGAAUGUUUUUUGUAUAAUUGACAAUAUUGUGCAAUUGUGUCGGAAGAGAGAGCAACGUUUUUGCUCGGCCAGAGGAUGCCGGCCGACUUUCGCUUAGUGGAGCAGUAAAAGUGCAAACGCGGUUAGCUAUUGAACCGGUCAAGUUUGGAUUCAGUCUAUAGGGAAGUGGCGUGUGUGCUUCAGUGCGCUAGCAACUAUGUGAUUUUCGGUCGGGUGCUAUCAUUAGGUUCCUGUGUGACCGCUGAUCGGAAUCUUGGCCGGGACGGGCUCGCUCUGACCAAACCUCGCCGUAGUCGGUUCCGUCGUAAAAGGAGGAACCUGACAGCGCAUCGCACUUCUUGUACGGCGCCGUUGCCGCCGUUACCACCGAACAUCGGAACAUGACCAAAUUGUUAUCCUGCAAGCGAAUCGGAACUCGUUAUAUAAUGCGGAACUACUUCCUUGGAGCGAGGAACACCUGGACGCUGGGCCUCCUAAUCAGUUUAGCCGUGCUUUGUAUAUUUUGGAUAUCGACAGGUAAUUCGGUGAUUGGCGGCGUAUCCAAGUCGAACGAUGAUGGAGCUGGAGCCUCACAUAACGUCAUGCACAUGCUAAAUGAAGUACAACGCAUCAACGAUACCAUGUUUGUCUGCAGUGAGAGUUUCGAAGAUACGCGAGCUUAUAUUCAGAACCGUCCGAAAGAUGACUACAACGAUCUUCCAAUAAUUUACUUUGUGACUCCAACAUAUCCUCGAAGAGAACAGAUUCCGGAGCUUAUAAGACUUGGACAAACAUUGAUGCAUGUGCCUCAAAUUCACUGGAUUGUAGCAGACGACUAUGAUGGCUGUAAUAAUUUUCUAGACGUAAAUAGAUUUGGUAUACCAUACACUCAUAUCGCUAGUCCUAUGCCUGACGCAUAUCGUUCCAUAUCACCAAGCCCACGCGGUGUUGCAAAUCGCCGAGCAGCUUUGAAUUGGUUACGACAGAAUAAUAAAAAGACAGGAAUCCUAUAUUUCGGAGACGAUGAUAACACUUUUGAUUUAAGACUUUUCAACGAAAUCCGAGACACGAAGAAAGUGUCCAUGUUCCCUGUGGGUCUCAUUGGAUUGUAUGCAGUGAGCAGUCCUGUUGUUAAGAACGGCAAAGUUAUUGGAUUCUUCGAUUCAUGGCCUGCAAAGCGGAAAUGGCCUGUAGAUAUGGCGGGCUUUGCUGUGAAUCUAGAAUAUCUCUCACAACAUCCAAAUGCAACGAUGCCUUAUAGAGCCGGCUAUGAAGAAGACGCCUUUUUGCGGAGCAUUUCGCUACGAAUGAAUGAAAUUGAAACGAAAGCGAAUAACUGUACGGAAAUAUUAGUGUGGCACACGCAAACACAGAAGUCGAAAGCUCCAAUGGUUCGUAUAGAUUCACAAUACUUGGAGUCAGAAAAGUCGAAUUUGGGUGCUUUAUUCCGAGAACUAGAGUCGAUGGGUGUAAGUCAUCAGUCCGACUCAGCAGGAAUCAAGGCUCAAAUAAGUAAAGACGGGAAAUCUAAACCAUUUACAUUUUUCUUCCGGUGAGGACUUUUUCUCAGUAUAGAAGACUUACUGGAAUAUUCGAUGCUUUUUAAAAAAGUCACAUUGAUCGUAGAUUAUCAAGAAUCCAUUUACUAAAGAAGGUAGUUUAUAAAUACAAUUAGCGUAUGGAUUAGAAACAAAUUAAAACGUAAUGUUCUCAUGACAUAUUAUUUGAUUGGGGAGGCUUCUAUAAAACCAGCUUUUCAAGUUUGCUGCAUACUACAGCCUAGAUAUUAUCGGCGUGCUGUUUACCAGCCGUUAACUUUAUACUGGAAUAUGACAAAAACCAUAAUUAGAUACGUACCAGGCAUUUAAUGCCUGACCUAAGAACCUACGAUUUGUUACUUUGAUUUAUAACUUUUAGUGCAUCUCACUGACCCCGACUGUGUUAAUUAUUUAUUUGGAGAAAAAUAUUUAUGUUGAUAUCAAUUGAGUCUUCGUAAAACGAAGACUUGAAUCCUAGUGGUGUGAAUCAACCAGUGGGGAACAGAACGCAAAGAGACAACUCGACAAAUUUACAAUAUUAGACAUAGUAAAUUUUUCUUUUGUAAUAUUAAGAAAAUUGUAUGAAAACAAUGAAAGCAUAUCGAAGUGAUGCAAUAGCAUGUUGCCUGUUUUUGUAAUUGAUCAUUUGUGCGGAUACAGCUUAGGAAAUGUAUCGGUUUCCUAUUACUGGUCCCUUUGAAACCAGCGAUCAAAGUAAAAUAUGAAUUUGAUGUGUUCAAAAAUUGUGGAAUGCAACGUACUUUUAAAGUUAGACUUAAGUACGUGAGCAUUCAUCGAAAGUAUGACCUAUUAAGUUUUCGACAUUCGAACUAAACGGAAAUUUAUACGCGCCUAUCUACUAGGAAUUGUAAGUUAUGCUGAAUAUAUAAUUUUCUCUGAUCUGAAACCAUAUUGUAGAUAUAAUUAGGAUGCGUAGCUGAUAAUUUUAUGUUUGAAAUGGUUGAAUUAGCAAUUUCAAUUAAUACUGUGAUAUUAAAUUUUGUAGAAUUGUGUAAGUGAUUAAAAGAACGGAAACCGCAGCAAGUCUGUCGUGUUGCUGAAACCAAUCAAUUAAAGAGAAACAGAUGAACGAAAGGACAAACCUUUUAAAGACAGCUUAAAGAUUUGCUUUUUGCGACAUUCAAAAUCGAUUAUGUAUUUAGGUUGUGAUUUGGUUAUCGACUUAUGGCUUUAAUAGAAAAUAAGUGAGCCUUUCUGUGUUCUCUUCACCAUUGAAACAGAAUGAUGCAGAGUGCGUGAUUUCGUUUCGAAGUUUGUUAUUUACUGCUUACUUCAUUUGGUUUCUCUUUCAUUCGGUAUUCGCUUCAACUAUGAUAUCACUGUGCGGAUAGUAAAAGCGAAUAAAAACAACUUUUUUAUAUCUAGAAUCGAAUUAGUGAGAAUAAAUUACUGAUUGGAGAAUUUCUAUAUGAAAAUGCUAAAUCGGAAAUCAGAAACAAAUAGAGAUUAUUGUUAUAAUGCUCGAGAAAGUAAAGAAAUAAAGAUGUAACACGUAA